GCUCCACAUUCGACUUUGUCACUGACAUUCAAGUUACCGCCUGUAUGACUACCAUCAAGCUCGAUUCACGCAUCCUUGAACAAGAUGCGGGCACCAUCAUGGAACAACUGAACAUACAAUCGCAACAAGCUACUGUGAAGACGCUACAAGUCCUCUUUCUUCGCAGCAGUGCACAAUUGGAACCCAUCCAUUAUAAUCCCCCUAUUUUCUUGCCACAAUCACAGUCGAUUGCUCCCAGCUUUACGAACCAAGUUGCCCCACGAGACAUCACUAAUUACCUCGAAAAGCUCAUCCGAGCAGCGCAGCAGACUGCUGAAUCUCACUGCUACGGAAGCUUUGUUGCGGGACAAAUCAGCGAAAGCGAUGAAUUCGGGGAUGUUGGUAUAUGGCUAGGUGAAGGAAAUUAUCAAAGGAAUCAUGAGAGAGAGAUCUUGGACAAAUUAGGGCUCAUUGCAUGGGCUGAUGCCGAGAUAGACCAGAUGGAAGAUCUCUACGAUGAGAAGCUGAAAGUAGACGGCUCAGAAACGAGUGCUAUUGGGAAGCUGUUGGAUAACCUUGAGGAUUGUCAUCGGUUCUUUGUGCGACGCCAAGACUCGUACUUUGCGUGCUUCCUCGUGGGCAGAUUGAAGGCGCAGGGAAGUUGGUGUGGGCUGGCAAGCAUCGGGGUAGCAACUUGAACGAAACUUGAUCCCAGCUACAUUUUGAUGCAUGUAAUACGAUAACUGGACCAGAACGGUACUGAGGGUCUGAGGUGUCUUCUGAUCAAGGUGUUUUGGCUACAAAGCA